AUGUCAAGCUCUUCUAACUCCGGCUCUGGCAGCUCUGGUUCCUCUGAACAGGAUAAACCAUGUGUGACCCUGGAGAACUCUGAGACAUCCUCUGAAGCUGAAGUCGCCUCAGCGAAAGCUCGGGCACGGGCAGGGAUGUUCACAUGGCCGUGUCCACGCCAUUUUCAUGCAGAGUUGUCAGAGCGCCAAUCCGCGAGAGUCCUCAAGCCUGCUGAUGUUUCUCGAGAAGACUUCUUGGAAACUUUCAAAACUGUGCUACGUCGCAAGGGCUAUCUCCACAACCUCGUUAAGGCAGCAGUGGCAGACGAGCCGCACAAGCAUUACCAAGCAGAUGGGAACGCAAGAGAAAGGCACAAACAUUUGAUUUUCUUGUUUCGACAACCUUUCGUACAUGCUAGUGUCUGCAAGAUGUUGGGUGAGCAGUUUGGCGCCCACGGGUUUUUUACCUUUCACCGAGCGGGCUGGGUGGCCUACUUGGAUUAUUUGAUGAGCGAGAGUGCAAAGAAGCCGGCCCAGGACUUGGAUCGUCAAAUGGUGUUUUACCCAGCAGCAUACACUUGGCAAAGAGCCGAAGCUGAGCUUGGUCAGAUGUCUUUGCAGAUGUCAGAACCUGCGCCCAAGCGCCGCAAACAGAUGACUUUCAGUGAGCUGACGGACUUUGUCGUUGAGCGCGGUAUCCGUGCUGUGGGCGCACUUUGGCAGGAAGCCAAAGAGGAGAAAAAGGCCGGCAACCCAUUGAUUUGGAACCAUUUGGGGUCCUUGCGAGAUGUCAACUCAGAGUUGCAGAAGAUCUUGGGUGCGUGGCACCGUCCAGAAACGUUGGGUGCUACAACUCUGGUGUCCACACCCACAUUUGCGUUGACCCAAUUUGUUUUGCCACCGCCUGUGCAAGAGUGGAUGCAAACCGGUUACUCCAAAGUUGCUUUGAUUUUACAAGGCCCGCCCGGAACCGGGAAAACAGAAAUGGCCCUCAGCAUUCUCUUGAGCUUGUGCCCUGCUGGGGUACAUUUCCUGUCAAAAUUGGACCAAGUCAGGAAGAUCACCAUCAAUGGUGGACAAGGACUACUGGUUGAUGAAUGCACCUUCCGCAACAUUGACAUCGACGACGCGAAAGCUUGGACCGACCUUGUCCACCCUCGAGACGUUCGAGCUAGGAAUCAAGACGGUCACAUUCCCAGUGCUGUGCCGAGGAUAUUCACAACAAAUCAUCACAUAGGUCAAUUUUGGCCUCCAGAGUAUUUCGAUGUGAACCAUCAACAAGCACUAGAUCGUCGCACGCUCUGGUUACACAUCCCUGACAAAGUCUUCGAGACGAAGCACCAGGCUACAGUUGCAGCUCCAGGUUUCAAAGCGGGCUUGGCCUUGGGUGACAGCAAGGUUGCAGAGCCCAACACAACGCUGCUUUCUACUCCGGCUCCAGACAUUGAUUCAGUUGCUCAGCUUGACGAGGAAGAGCUCAAUGACAUGAUGGAAGCUUCCAAAGGCUUCUUCGGGGAAUGA